AUGUCGAAUUCUGGGGAAAAAGCACUUCCUGAAGGUAUCCAUCGAUUUUCUCUCGACGAUGGGAAGGUCGUCUAUUAUGGUCUCAACAACACCUACAAAGCUCUGCGUAUAAUUAGCGAUAGCCAUACUCUCUACUACUCAGUUUGGUGUACCAACGAACACGAGCUCUACGAUUUAACCACCGAUCCGCAUCAAACAAACAACAUCUAUCCUUCCUCAUCUAUUGCAAGCGCUUCCACACAUGGCAACCUCAAUCUUCCCAAGCUCAUUCCCCGCCUCGAUGCUCUUCUCAUGGUAACAACAUUCCUGCAAGGGUAA